CAACUUGAUACUAUAUAUGUUGUACCACAUUGUGAAGCUACGGUAAGCGUAGACGAAAGCAUACAGAAUCUAUCUCUCGUUUGCCUUAUCCCUCCAUCUCUAAAGCUUGCAGGAUGAAUUGGGUUUUGGAAGGCGUUCAGUGCGACUGUGGUGAAGCAUGCGCCAUAGCCAUUUUGGGUGGAAGAGCUUGUGUAGCAGGGAAAGAGUGAGUGAAGAAGAGAGCAAUUGAAUUGCAGAUAGUAGUUAGUGAUGGCUUGUGUCAGCGUUGCUGUCGCGGGAGUGUCCGCUUUCCAGCAGCUCAGCCAAGCUUCUACUUCCUCCUCCUCCUCCUCAACCUUCUAUUCUAGGAUUGCAAAUGUAUUUUUGAAGAGAAGGAAUGAACCUACCUGCUCUACUCAGCGUUCUCUAAGUGUUACUAGCUUGUGGGGUGGGAAAAAAGAGGAGAAUUCAGAUGAAGCUGCCAAGAAGGGACUAGGAAACAUGUUGGGGAACAUGCAGGGUCUUUACGAUACAGUGAGGAAAGCCCAGCAAGUAGUCCAAGUUGAGGCUGUCCGCGUCCAGAAAGAGCUUGCUGCUGCGGAGUUUGACGGUUACUCUGAUGAUGAGCUUGUGAAGGUGACUUUAUCAGGCAACCAAGAACCUGUCCGGGUUGAGAUUACAGAACUCGCCUUGGAAAAGGGCGCUGACGCUCUGUCAAAGUUGGUGAACCAAGCAUACAAGGAUGCCCACACAAAAAGUGUUGCUGCUAUGAAGGAGCGCAUGAAGAAUUUGGCCGAAAGCCUGGGUAUGCCACCUGGCCUAGGCAGUGGUUCUGGCAUGUAGACCAUAACCAGUGAACACGAGGUUUGUUGACGGCUUUUCUAGAGUUUACACUCUUUUUUGAGAUGUUAGAUAGCCAGCAUGAGGAUCGGGUCUUCCUUUCUUGCGAUUUAUUCCAUUUUCUUGAAAUUACCUAUAGAGAUCGUCAUCAACUAUUAAGACUUAGAGGAUAGUUUUGUUUUUAUUGAUAAACUGCGAAUUCGUAGGAGGAUGUCUCACACUUUGGCAGAGCUUGUAGUGUUUACAUCUAAAUGUACUGUGAAGUUUUUUCACGCACUUUCAUCUGUAACUAUGGCAAUUUGAAGAGAAGUUUAGAGAAAUCUUUAGUGAA